CUCCACCAGGGCACACGCGAUGGUCUACUCGCAAGGCAUCAUUCCUCAAUUGUGGGAGGUGGUCCGAUACUUCGCAAACAGGGCCUAUCAAGCUCUUGCUAGGGCAUUUCGCGGUCUGAUCCCAAACACCGAUUUCCAAUUAUCGAAGCUUCCUGGCAGUUCAUUUGGCGGCUCCACGGCCGUCUUCUUCCAAGUACAGCCCAAUAUCAUCCUGAAAGCCCCAGUCAGGGUCUUGCAAGAUCAAACCAUCCAGCCUCAGUCGGACGUAUCCGGGAAAUUUCAAAAUGAACGGUUGAUCUUGGAAAGAUUGGGACGCCAUCCACUAAUCAUCGGCUAUCUAGGAUGGAGACCGGAAUUUCCAACGGGGCUGCUGUUUGCGGAGGCUAGCCAGGGCAGCCUACAGCGCGUCCUACACGAACACGACGCAACUAUAUCUCUGGCGCUGAGAAGACGCUGGUUCCAUCAAGCUAUCCGUGCGAUCGAGUACAUACACAGCCGAGGCAUCAUACACAGUGAUCUGCGUCCCGACAAUUUUCUCGUACAUGGUCCAUUACUGGAAUCUUCCGACUUGCAGCUCUGCGACUUUGGCGGGUCAACGUGUCGUGAUCUUGAGAUCAUCGGUAAUCAACUGCCUGACGCCGGUUUCUUCAACCCUAGGCUGCCUUGGACGCCGACUCCCGAUGUCGAUAUUUUCAGUCUUGGGUCUAUCCUCUACACCGUUGUUGUGGGACAUUGGCCGUUUCGCCAGAGUUGUGCUCACUUCGAAACACUAGAGGAGAUGGACGAGUAUGGUUCGCUUGUGGACGAUAAGUUUAGUCAAGGUAUCUAUCCAGCUAUGGAAGGAGUGUUUGGACAAGACAUAAUCCUUGGUUGUUGGACAAGACGAUUUGUCAGUGCAGAAGAGAUCGUAACAGAAGCAAGCAAGUUGAAGUAUAAAGAACAAUGUAUCAGGUUGCUUUCUAGCAGCUCAGUGUGAUCUCCAUAUAAUUGACGACGGGCUAUCCGAGCUACAGAAAGCCUUCGUGUUAA